AUGAGCCCUUCAGCUUUGCAAGAACCCUCUGCUCUGUGCCAUAUCGUCACACCUGUCGGCUGUCUUGGCUACGGGUUGGAUGAAGACGUAUGCGAUGCAGAGCUAGCCAGGCUCCGACAAGAAAGCGAUACGCCCAUCGCCAUCAUCUUGGAUGCCGGAUCCACGGAUUCUGGCCCUGCGAGACUGGCCCUGGGUCAGAUGGCAGCUCCAAGAUCUAACUACGUGAGAGACUUGACAAAGCUUCUUAGGCUUUGCAAUAAAUACAGCACCCCUCUUCUCUUCAGCUCGGCAGGGGGGGACGGGGCUGAUGACCAUGUAAAUGAAAUGACCAAAGUCAUUCGUGAAGUGGUCGACCAGUCCAAGGAGAAAUACAAAACCAAGAUCAUAACUAUCAAAACCGAAGUCCCCAAGGAUUUGAUUAAAGAGCGUCUGGCUGGCGGCAAAGUAACUGGAUGCGGCCCUGCGGUCCCUACGCUAACAGAGCGCGACGUUGAAGACGCUGUGAGAAUUGUUGCCCAAGUCGGAGCCGAGCCUUUCAUCGAUGCCAUGUUUGCAGACCCUGAUUUCAACGUCAUCGUGGGUGGCAGAGCCUACGACCCUAGCCCCUUUGUGGCCUACUGUUCCUAUGUGGCCAUGAAAUCAGCUUCAGGAAAGGUUCCACUGGAAACUCUUCCAGAAAGUGUUUUAGGCGGCUUCUUCCACAUGGGGAAGAUCAUGGAGUGCGGCGCCCAGUGCGCGACUCCCAAGACUCGAGCCGCGAGGUCGACAGUGUACUGUGAUGGCACUUUCGAUGUAACGCCGCUUGAAAAGGGUGUCAGAUGCACACCACUGGCGGUUGCAGCUCAUACGCUGUAUGAGAAAUCACGACCAGAUCUGCUCUACGGUCCUGGUGGCUGCCUGGAUUUGAGCAACACCAGCUAUGAAGCUCUGCCAGAUCAGAAGACGGUCCGGUGCCGCGGUGCAACAUUCAAGCCCAUCAGAUUGGCGGGAAACAAUUACAACGUAAAGCUGGAAGGUGCAAAGGUUGCUGGAUACAGAUCAAUGUUUGUCGGAGCGUACCACGACCCGGCUCUUACCAGUCAACUAGACCACCUUCUUGACGAUAUUCGUGCCUACGUUGCGAAACAGCAUGCUCAUGUUACCGAAAACUGGUCACUCUUUUUCCACAAAAUUGGAGCAACUGAUCCUGCCAACGCAGGGUCGGUUUGUAUCAUUGGCGAGGCUCUUGCAGAUAGCCAGGACGUGGCGACUACGGUCGUAUCAACGGCCAGAGUCGCAUGCAUCCACGCUCCUUAUCCAGGCCAGAAGGCAACAAGCGGUAACAUGGCAUUCGGCAUCGCCGGAAAGACAGAUAUUGAGUGUGGGCCGUGUCCGCAGUUUUGUGUCUACCACUUGAUGGAACUCGAGUCGGGAGAGGAAGGCUCAAUUCAAGAUGGCAAUUCCCAAGGCCCAGCGCUCUUUCGAAGGGAGCAGAUAACAUUGGGAGUUAACUCACGCCCAUCCCCGCUACCUUCAAGGGUCGAAAAUAAUCUCAAGCUUUCACACGGGACUUCUAGCGCGAGUGGUGCAACCGAGAAAAUUUCGGCUCCUGCCAUUACCGCGGCCAAACCUGUCCAAACGCCUACAACUCUAGGUGAAGUUGCCAAGGUAGUUAGAUCCAAGAACUCCGGCCCGUACGAAAUAACUUUUGAUCUCCUUUUUGACUCGGAAGAAGAAUAUCGCAGUAUAAAGAAGUCCGAGAUUCUGAGCAAAAAGGUCAUCUCAAAUCUGUAUUCUAUUCCUGAGGAGGACGUGAUAUAUGCCGGCUUCUUUGACCAGGCCAGAGCUUUCAAAGCUACGAUUCCACGAAUGGCUGCAGGAAAGAGGUCUGUGAGUGGCGCAGUAGGGGAUGGGGAUGUCCAUGGAAGCCAGCACUAUAUGCCGCUGGUACGUUUGCAUUUGCCUGACGAGCUGCGCGAGGCCUUGCGGUAG